CUUCUAAUCUAUCACACUAUGGCCAAGCUGGAUGUCAGCAGCCAAAAGACACUUUUAAAGAGAGCUAUUCUCGGUUUAAUAGCCGUGGUGGCCUUUUCGUCGCGUUUAUUCAGUAUUGUUCGAUAUGAGUCUAUUAUUCACGAAUUUGACCCUUGGUUCAAUUAUCGUGCUACUCGCAUGUUAGUCAAAGAUGGUUUUUACGAUUUCUGGAAUUGGUUUGAUGACCGUUCUUGGUAUCCCCUUGGACGCGUUGUGGGUGGUACGGUCUAUCCAGGCUUGAUGGUCACUGCUGCUAUUAUACACAACGUGCUUCAUUUCUUUCAUUUCCCAGUCGAUAUCCGUAACAUUUGUGUGCUUUUAGCUCCUUUGUUCUCUGGUUUGACUGCUUUUGCUACUUAUCUCUUGACCACUGAACUCAAAGACAGUUCUGCUGGUUUGUUGGCUGCUAUCUUUAUGGGUAUUUCUCCUGGCUAUAUCUCUCGUUCAGUUGCUGGCUCAUAUGAUAAUGAAGCUAUCGCUAUCUUCUUAUUGAUGUUCACCUUCUUCCUUUGGAUUAAAGCACUCAAAUUGGGCUCCGCUUUAUGGGCAUCUGCUGCUGCCUUCUUUUAUUUCUACAUGGUAGCUGCUUGGGGUGGUUAUGUGUUUAUUAUCAACAUCAUUCCUCUUCAUGUAUUUACAUUGAUGCUUAUGGGACGCUUCUCUAACCGCGUCUAUGUGUCCUACUCUACCUUUUAUAUCUUGGGUACUUUGAUGUCAAUGCAAAUUCCCUUUGUUGGUUUCCAACCCACACGCACCUCUGAACAUAUGGCUGCCUUAGGUGUCUUUGGUCUUUGUCAAAUCAUGGGCUUUGUCAACUUGCUCCGUAGCCACCUUCAAGCCAAACAAUUCCAAAUUGUUUUGAAGGCUUUUGUUGCCAUCACAUUUGUUUUGGGUUUCACCGCUUUGGUAGGCUUAACGUUGGGCGGUUACAUUGCUCCUUGGACAGGUCGUUUCUAUUCUCUUUGGGAUACUGGUUAUGCUAAAAUCCACAUUCCUAUCAUCGCCUCUGUUUCUGAACAUCAACCUACUGCCUGGCCCAUGUUCUUUUUCGACUUGCAAAUGCUUAUUUUUGCUUUCCCUGUAGGUAUUUACUUGUGUUUCCAAAAGCUUAGAGACGAACAUGUCUUUGUCAUUGUCUAUUCUAUCUUUGCCUCUUAUUUUGCUGGUGUCAUGGUGCGUUUGAUGCUUACAUUGACACCUGUUGUCUGCAUUUGUGGUGGUAUUGCUAUCUCUUCUUUGCUUGAUACUUAUCUUGAUUUCACCAAUGUUCGAGAAGUACAAGAAAAGCCAGAAGAAGACAAGAAAAAGAAGUCUACUAAAAAAGAAAAGAACAAGGUUUAUGGUAUCCUUGCUCCUGACGCUCGUAUUAUUGUUGUUGGUACGUUUGUCUUUUUCCUCUUUAUGUUUGUCUGGCAUUGCACCUGGGUCACUUCCAAUGCUUACUCUUCUCCCUCUGUCGUUCUUGCGUCUCGUAACCCUGAUGGAUCGCAGCGUAUCAUUGAUGAUUUCAGAGAAGCUUAUUACUGGUUGCGCAAGAACACAGACGAAGAUGCCAAGAUCAUGUCUUGGUGGGAUUAUGGCUACCAAAUUGCUGGUUUCUCUAACCGCACCACUCUUGUGGACAACAACACUUGGAACAAUACUCAUAUUGCCACUGUGGGUCGUGCCAUGUCAACCAAUGAAGCUGAUGCUUAUGAAAUCAUGAAGAAGCAUGAUGUGAGUUAUGUGCUUGUGAUUUUUGGUGGACUUUUGGGCUACUCAGGUGAUGAUAUCAACAAGUUUUUAUGGAUGAUUCGUAUUGCUCAAGGUAUUUGGCCUGAUAAGAUCAAGGAGCCUGAUUUCUUUACACCGGGCGGUGAAUACCGUGUGGACGACCAAGCAUCCACUGCCAUGAAAGAAUCUUUGAUGUACAAGAUGAGUUAUUACCGUUUCCAUGAAAUGUUUGGUGGUCGUCAACCUUUUGAUCGUGUACGUAACCAACCACUUCCUAUGAAGGGUCCUGAAUUGUCUGUCUUGAAUGAAGCAUUUACUUCAGAGAACUGGAUUGUCAGAAUUUACAAGGUUAAAGACUAUGAUAAUUUAGGCAGAGAUCAUCGUGAAGCUAUGGCUUUUGAAUCUGGCAACAAGAAAGUGAAAGCAAAGAGAAGCAAAAAGAGCAAUGAUCGUAGAAGACGUGCUGCUGCUGCUUAUGAUGAUUUGGAUUAAAUAAAAAAAAAAAGUUAUUUAUU